AUGCUUCAACUUCUGUUCGGAGGAGCUGGAGGAGCGACCAAUGAACAACCACAGAUAUUGAAAGACUGUAUUGAUAGUCUUUUGGACGUACAGUCUGCUUCGGAACACAUAUGCCAGUUCACUGUUCGCAAACACGGAGGUGGGUAUCUUUUCCCUCAAUUUAACAUUUGGAACAUCAGAAGUGAGAGUCAAGUCACUGGGAUUGAUCUGUAUAGGGUAGCAGCGGAGUCCUGUCCCUGGGAAUUUCUUCGGAUGAAGCCUCACUUACCUGGAAGCACGGCAUCUGACGAGAGCUACUCAUGGGCAUAUCAGCAGAUGGAGCGGUGUCUGUCAGAACACCCUGGCUGCGGACCCGGUUUGGGAGCUACCUUGCCCACCAGAGUUCUCGACCUGGGGCAUCACAAAGCGAAAGUGAAGUUACUAGAGACGCAAGGCAAGAGUGGCCAAUAUGCCACUUUAAGUCAUAGCUGGGGCGACCCAGCUCAUAUGACUACGAAGUUGACCUCACACACUCUUGUCGACUACAGAGCUGGUAUCUCGAUGGAUUUAAUGCCGCAAACGUUCCAGGAUGCUAGCGACAAAGACAAGGAUUCUAAGGAGGAUGAGGAGCUUUGUCGAGAAGACUGGGCACAAGAGUCUGCUAAGAUGUGUUCAGUCUACGCGAACUCGUAUCUGAGUCUGGCGGCUGCUUCUGCUUCAGGGUGUCGUGAUGGGCUACUCUCUCGCCCGAAAACGGUUAAACUUGAAGGAAUUGACCCCGAGGGCUCCAAAUAUUGCCUCUUCGCCCGCAAGGAAAUCAGACACUACAGCUCCAGUUACCCAUUGCUGGAUCGCGGCUGGGUGUUUCAGGAGAGUCUACUCUCACCUAAAACGCUCUUUUUUGGUCAAUACGAACUCUUUUGGCAAUGCAGAGAACUCGCUGAAUGUCAAUGCUCAAGCCUUCAAUCUAAAAUUAAGCACUACCCGGAAUUCCUUAAGCUUCCUCUUCUAGAGCAUGCAACAAACCACAGCAAGGCCUUUGGCCCUAUUCAAACCACCACGCUAACCUUCCAGACCGACAAACUAGCCGCUAUCAACGGUCUUACCGAGUACAUGAGCCGAUUAAGGAAUGGCAAGUAUAUGGCAGGUUUAUGGGAAGACUCCCUGGCAAUGGAUCUGCUGUGGAGGGUAGACACAGCCGGGACAAAGCAGCCCACAAGGACUGAGCAGGAAAACUAUCCAGUGGCUACGACUCCUUGGAGCUCCGAGAAGUGGCUCUUUCCUACCUGGUCUUGGGUAUCGGUUAAUGGCCGAAUUGAAUGGGAUCUUGACAGGGUUCUCAAAGACAGCACGGCGGAAGUUUUUCUUGUUCGUAGACCUGAUGAGCCACUAAGGUUGAGAGAAGCAGCCCCCAAGAAUCCAGCGUACAAACUCGAACUGCGAGGCAUCCUCGUUCCCACCAAGUUGAGUGAGGUUAAGAUCUCUCUCAAUAGAGAAGUUAACUUCCAUGCGGAUUAUGAUUUCGAAACAUGUCAUAAAGGGGUUGUCAGCCCGGAGGCAACAGUCUACUGCCUGCGAGUAUGCAAGUACAAAAACGAAUACAAGUCACUAGUACUUAUACGUAUCGACGAAGCUGAGAGGAUUUAUGAGAGAAUCGGGAUCCUCCAAUACACGGGAGAGCCGAGUGGCACGUGUUCACUUCCAGAUGAAAUGUAUGAGAUGUAUGAACUUGAUGAAGAGGCGAGCCCUUGCCCUCUACCGAUGGUUAAAGGGCUACCUUUCUGGUGGGAACUCCAUAAGGAGUGGAAGCCUGAGGAAACCGACAUCACGAUCAAAUAG